CAUCACAUUAUGCGGCAGCGUUGCCGCCUAUCAUGUAGUCGAUCAUCGAUCUACGUUUAUGUGACAGCUAUAGCUCUCUUCACACUUUGCAACAUCCUUGCUAUGAUAUUUAUAUCCAGGACAUCAAAAAAAGAUAGUCUGAUUUCAAAUCUCAUAAUAAAUGGUGAAGUAGCAGCACCUUCAUACAAAGAUGGUGUUUUACUUAUUGGAAACCUUUUAUCAAGUUUUCCUUUCAACUUCAACCAAUCGUUUUCCAGAACGGACAGCAAACGUACUUACAUAAUCUAUGAUUCUGUCGUUACAGGCAAUGCGUAUGCCGGCUACAGUGAAACCGCAUACGUAACACUGGCAACUCAAAGCUCUGUGGAUAGACUGAAUUUGUUAAUGGAAAUUGCCGAUACAUGGAAGGCUCCAAUGUCCAUAGCUGUGUUUGUUCCUGGAAUAGACUUUUACAUUGCAAAAGUUUAUAUUGCUUAUUUAAGACUCUGCUCACAAGUAAUCCGUACAAAUGCAACCUUCCACUUUUUGUACCACCGCGAUAUGGCUCCGGCCGAAAGUUACAUAUCUGGUCAUGAAUAUGACCACCAUUCUCUACCGACUUGUACUAGGAGCAGUGAAGCUUUACCUUUGUUGCUUCGAUACAGAACUGGGAGUUUUAAACGGUGGUGGCAACAAGCUCUUCAUCCACAAAAUCACCUGAGGAACGUGGCGCGCAGAGGCGUGAGAACUCCGUUUCAUUUCCUAACUGAUAUUGACAUUAUGCCAGUAGCGCAUCUAUCUGAACAGUUAGAUGUCUUCCUUGAACAAUCAUUAAAUGCCAAACCAUGCCCAAAGUGUGUGUACGUUGUCCCGACGUACGAAAUGCCUGAACGGUUGCCAGUGCCUCAAAACAAAGCUGAGCUUUUGGACAGAAUUAGUAAAAAGCAGAGUAGGCCUUUCCAUGCAAAAGUUUUUAUUCAUAACCAGUAUGCUACCAACCAUACGCUCUGGGAAAGAUUACCCAGUACAAACCGUUUAAGAGCUGCAUAUAAAAUAAGUAACUAUGAAUUUUUUUACGAACCUUUUUAUGUUGCCCGAGCAAAUGUGCCCCUUCACGAUGAAAGAUUCAUAGGGUAUGGUUUCACAAGAAAUACUCAGGUAUUUGAAAUGCAUCUCGCCGGAUUUGAAUUGUGGGUACUGAAUCCAGCAUUCGCAGUGCAUAAAGGAGUACAGAAUAAACGGGGAAGAGGUGCCUGGAGAGAAAGACAGAAUAUUAUAAAUCGAAAGCAAUUUGUUCGUUUCAAACACGAAAUGUCCAUCAAAUACCGGCCACAAUCUAAACUUAUAACAUGAGUUCUCUGCCAAAACAUUAUGUGUGAUAAGAUGUAAUAAUUUUUAUACGAAAGGAACUACUGAGUCGCGGAUUAAAAAUCAUGGUAAUUUUUAUGUGAAUAAAAAGAAGCAUUUAAGACUUUUAUCUAAUAAAACUUUUCUUUUA